AUGCGUCUCUCUCUUCUCUCGACUGCGAGCGUGUUCACCGGCCUUGCAAUUGCUCAAUCCAAUGCAGACUUGUCUCAAAAAUAUGUCCCUUCGCCAGGUUCGCCCGGAUUCUACGCCGGAAACUCGAGUGCGGCUGUGACGUUGGACCAACACUCACUUCUCCUCGACGGCAAGCGGAUCAUGGUUUUUAGCGGGGAGUUUCACCCAUGGAGACUGCCCUCCAUCCCCCUCUGGCGUGAUGUUCUCGAGAAAUUCAAGGCUGGGGGAUUUAACGCAGUCUCCAUUUAUCUUCACUGGGGAAUCACUGAAGGAAAGCCUGGCGUAUUGAACUUUGAGGGCCACCGCUCAGUUACCAAAUUCUUGGACAUCGCCAAGGACGUCGGAAUCCUUGUCAUCGUCCGUCCGGGACCGUAUAUCAACGCAGAAACCUCUGGAGGUGGAUUCCCAGGAUGGCUUACCAACUUUAAGGACGCCGCUCGCUCUAACGGAACAGAUUUCACUGCUGCUUGGAAGCCGUACAUCCGCGCGGUCUCUAGAUUCACUGCACCGUAUCAAUAUCCCGCAGGUCCAGUAAUCUUGGUUCAGAGCGAAAACGAAUUCAGCAUGAGUGACCCGACUAACAAGGUCACAUAUGGUCAUACCGAUCACAUGAAAUGGAUUAUGGAAGAAAUGAGGUCGAACGGAAUCACAAAAGUUCCAAUCAUCCACAAUGACUACCGCUCUGGUGGACAAUUUGCUUCAGGCCCUGCCAAAGUCGAUCUUUAUGCAUGGGAUGGAUACCCGCUUGGGUUUGAUUGUUCACAUCCGGAUGUCUGGAAGGAAGUCGACUCGGCCCUUGAUGCGAACCAUCAAAAGUGGAAUCCUGCCGAGCCACUGUAUCUAGCUGAGUACCAAGGUGGCGCCUUCGAUCCAUGGAAUGGACCUGGCUAUGGUGCAUGCUAUAACCUCAUAAACGAGCAGUUCGCGAACGUCUUUUACAAGAACAGCUAUGCUGCCGGAACGUACCUCCAAAACCUCUACAUGACCUAUGGGGGCACCAACUGGGGCAACUUGGCCACUCCUACCGUUUAUACUUCAUACGAUUACGGCGCUGCUAUUUCUGAGGAUCGCUCCCUCACAAUCAAAUAUCAUGAACUGAAACUCCAAGGGCUAUUCCUACACGCCACACCUCACUAUCAUCUCGCUGGUCGCAUCUCUACCGGCACCUCUCUUUCUAAUUCCAACCAGAUUUUCACUACCCACCUUGCAACACUUAAAAAUCAAAACCUCUACAUUGUUCGUCAAACGACAAACACCAACACGGCGCGCGUCGAGUUCGAUUUGAAGGUCAACACUACUAAAGGCGAGGUUACGCUGAAGAACGUCGCAUUGAAUGGAAGGGAAAGUAAGAUUAUCGUCAGCGAGUAUCCGUUUGGGAGUAGCGUACUUGGAUACACUUCUGCCGAGGUUGCAACAUGGGCUACUAUUGAUGGAACAGAUCACAUUGUUCUUUACACCUCGAACCAGACCACCGCGACUGCGCUUUACACCAACGCUACCUCGGCUACAUCUUCUUCAUCCAGCAUCACUACGACUGUUUCUGACGGUACUGCACUGAUCUCGGGAUCUCCCUCUUCGUCCGGCCUCACGCGCGUCACAGUUGGGAAGUCUAGUAUUUGGGUGGCGGACAAGUCCUGGCUCGCUCCUCGGAUAUGGCAGCCUCGUGUGAGCGGCACGUCCGGGAAUGGGCGUUAUGAUCUCAGCCCUCGUACCGGUAGUGUGCUUGUUUUUGGACCUUACCUGGUUCGAAAUGCUGCAAUCAAGGGCUCAACGCUGACCAUUACUGGUGAUUUGGAAUCCGGUUCUACUACCGAACUUGAAAUCCUUGCACCCUCUUCAGUGAAGUCUGUUACUUUUAAUGGUAAAUCCGUCAAAGUAUCCAAGACACCCCUCGGGACUCUCAAAGGAUCGAUUGAAACCAAGAAUUUGACACCUAAGUUACCGAGCCUCAAGUCAUUGCAGUGGAAAUGCACGGACUCAUUGCCCGAGGUUGCGGUUAAAUUCGAUGAUUCAAAGUGGGUUGUUGCCACUAAGAAUUCGACUGCUCGCCCUCCCGAGUUCCAGCCGCUCGGCGGAAAGACUAUGUUGUAUGCUGACGAGUAUGGAUUCCAUGCGGGUAACAUAUUGUAUCGCGGCAAGUUCGAAAGUAAUGCUACCGGGGUUAGGCUCUCAGUACAAGGAGGUUAUAACUUUGGCUUCUCUGCCUUUCUCAAUGGCGUCUUCCUUGGUUCAGGCCAAGGUCGUUCCGGUUCUGAUCCAGCAGGUGGGAUUGAUCUUGUCAAUGCGACAUACACCUUCCCCGUGGGAUCGGUCGGAAAGGAGAACGUUAUCACUGUAGUGGUUGACAACAUGGGCUUGGACGAGGAUUGGAACUCGCGUGAUGAGUUCAAGGCUCCUCGUGGAAUUCGUGGCUAUGAGCUUCUCGGAGGCGGAGACUUCUCGUCUUGGAAACUUAUAGGCAAUGUCGAUGGGGAAGAUACUAAGGAUAUUAUUCGUGGCCCUUUGAACCAAGGUGGUCUCUAUGUAGAACGCAUUGGCGCGAUCUACCCUAACUACUCCACCACCUCCUGGAACACGACUAGUUGUUCGCCCUUCAAUGGUAUCAGCAAAGCGGGAAUAACGGCAUACAAAACCAAGUUCUCAUUAGAUAUCGAUGAAGAUACUGAUGUACCGGUGGCUUUCAAGUUUGAACGUACUCCAACCAGCAACUACCGUGUGAUGCUGUAUGUGAACGGCUGGCAAUUCGGGCGUUUCACGAGCAAUUUCGGGCCUCAGACGGUGUACCCUAUUCCCGAGGGCGUUCUUAACCAUCGAGGAGAAAACGAUAUUUUGUUAACUCUCUGGUCACUUGACGCUUUGGGUGCCAAAAUAGCGAAUGUCGAAUUGGCCCCAACAAUCGUCCUGGCUUCCAGCAAGGAGAUAGUACGAGGGCUUGCCGCGUAA